UCAUCUUUACACUUUUCGCAUUUCGGAUUUACAAUUUUGUCUCCUUUCCGCUGACGUUAAAAUACCCGCCCCCGCUUUCUCUUUCUUUCCUUCUCCGAUCCGUUUCCAAAUCCCAAGCUUCGAUCGAUCUUUCCCUCCAUAAAAGCCCUAAUUUCACCGAUCUCUCUUUCUAAAACCCUACUUCAUGAUCACCAUCCUUCAGAUCUGAACUUUAUUAUCUCCUUAAUUCAGCAGAUCCGACCUUUCAUUUCUUUCUGAUCUCAGGUUUUGAUCCUGUUGUUUAAAAUAUAUAGACAAAAGGGAUACUGACUUUGGGAAAGUAUAGAGGGAAUUGGAAUUUUCUUUGAUUAAAUUAUGGCAGCUCCUGUGCCUCCAGGGGCACCUAGACCCAGCGCUAAUGCACAGCAACCACCACCACCUAAUUUUAACCCUAAUUAUCAAACCAAUCCCAAUUCUUUAGCCGAUAAUUUGCAUAAUAUGAACCUGAAUCGGCCACCUUCGAUGCCCAAUUCGGGUCCUAGGCCUUCCCCUUUUGGUCAACAACCACCAUUCCCUCAAUCUGCAGUUUCUGCUGGAUUUCCCAUCGCCUCCCCGCCAAUGUCACGGCCUGGCCCACCACCUGGUGUCAUGGGAAGACCUGCAGUGCCUACUACUGGACCACAGCAAUCUACAUUACCUGCAAAUGUACCCCCAGGGAGACCCAUUGGUCCGCCUGUUAGUCACCCAUCCCCUUUUGUCUCUAGACCACCUCCUUCUUCCUUGUCUUCUUCCAUAGGUGGUGCGGUUCUACCUUCUAGUGGUUUCCCAUCUUCAGGUGUACCUAAUGCUGCAGUUGCACCACCACCGCCAGGUGCUCGCCCAAGUCCUUUUGCAUCAUUGUCACCUUUGACUGGUGGUCCAGCUGUGCCCCCGUCAAGUGCAUCUGGUGGUCCUUUGAGUAAUGGGCCACCAGUGAUUGGUUCAGGAGCUUUGCCUGGGGCACCCCGAUUUCCUCCUGCUGCAAGUAUUUCACAACCUCCUGUUGGACCUCCACCAACUAUGAUGUCGGCUAGGGCUCCUGCUCAGGCUCCAACCAUGCGUUCUGUUUUGGGAAGUCCAGCUGUUAGUGCUCCACCUGCUCCCCCGGUGGCUUCAGCAUCACCAUUUCCAGCUGUGCCUCAGGCUAGACCACCACCUCCAGGUUCUCCUUAUGGACCACAGACAUGGCCGAUGCAGCCCCAGCAGGGAAUCCAACCUCCUCUUAUUCCUGGCUCUACACAAGCACAACCUCCAAGAAUGUUUGGAAUGCCACAACAACUACCAAAUCAAGCUAUGACUACUAUUCCACCUGCCAUGGGCCAACCUGGAGCGCCUCUGUCUGGGCCAUCAAAGAUUGAUCCUAAUCAGAUUCCAAGGCCUAUUCCAAGUUCCUCACCAAUUGUGUAUGAAACUCGUCAAGGCAACUCGGCAAAUCCUCCUCCGCCUGCGACAAGUGAUUACAUUGUCAGAGACACUGGGAAUUGUAGUCCUCGUUACAUGAGAUGCACCAUCAAUCAGAUCCCAUGCACAGCUGACCUUUUGACAACCUCAGCAAUGCAGUUGGCUUUGCUGGUCCAGCCUAUGGCCCUUCCUCAUCCGUCAGAGGAUCCUAUUCAAGUUGUGGAUUUUGGGGAAAGUGGUCCUGUCCGAUGUUCUCGUUGCAAAGGUUACAUAAAUCCUUUCAUGAAAUUCAUUGAUCAGGGAAGGAAGUUUAUCUGCAAUUUAUGUGGGUUUACCGAUGAUACUCCUCGUGACUACCAUUGCAACCUAGGUCCUGAUGGUAGGCGUAGAGAUGCUGAUGAGAGGCCUGAGCUGUGUAGAGGAACAGUUGAAUUUGUUGCUUCAAAAGAGUACAUGGUCCGUGAUCCAAUGCCAGCUGUGUACUUUUUCCUAAUUGAUGUAUCCAUGAAUGCCGUACAGACAGGUGCAACUGCUGCAGCUUGCAGUGCGAUUAAUCAAGUUAUUUCUGAUCUUCCUGAAGGUCCUCGAACUCUGGUGGGAAUGGCAACAUUUGACUCAACAAUCCAUUUUUAUAAUUUAAAACGGGCACUACAACAGCCAUUGAUGCUUAUCGUUCCUGACAUACAAGAUGUCUAUACCCCUCUUCAGACAGAUGUUAUUGUUCAGCUUUCUGAGUGUCGCCAGCACUUAGAGCUAUUGCUUGAAAACAUCCCAACAAUGUUUCAGAGUAGUAAAACUGCUGAGUCAUGUUUUGGUGCUGCAAUCAAGGCUGCAUUCUUGGCCAUGAAAAGUACUGGGGGGAAGCUUCUAGUAUUUCAGUCAGUCUUGCCAUCAGUUGGCAUUGGUGCUCUUUCUUCUAGGGAGGCGGAAGGGAGAACUAACAUCUCUGCUGGUGAAAAGGAGGCGCAUAAAUUACUGCAACCUGCUGACAAAAUUCUCAAGACAAUGGCAAUUGAGUUUGCUGAGUAUCAGGUCUGUGUUGACGUAUUUGUCACUACUCAGACAUAUGUAGACAUUGCUUCCAUUUCUGUCAUCCCUAGAACAACUGGAGGCCAGGUGUAUUAUUAUUACCCCUUCUCUGCUGUAUCUGAUCCUGCGAAGCUCUACAAUGACCUUAGAUGGAACAUCACUAGGCCCCAAGGUUUUGAGGCUGUCAUGCGUGUGAGAUGCAGUCAGGGUAUUCAAGUUCAAGAUUACUCUGGAAACUUUUGCAAACGCAUUCCAACUGACAUUGACCUACCUGGGAUUGACUGUGACAAAUGUAUAUUGGUAACCUUAAAGCAUGAUGACAAAUUACAAGAUGGUUCUGAAUGUGCUUUUCAGUGUGCCCUUCUCUAUACCACUGUUUAUGGCCAAAGAAGAAUUCGAGUCACAAACUUAUCCUUGCCAUGCACAAAUAUGCUAAGCAAUUUGUUUCGUGCUGCUGACUUGGAUACUCAAUUUGCAUGUUUCUUAAAGCAAGCUGCUACUGAAAUUCCUACAAGCCCGCUUGUGCAAGUGAGGGAACAAGUGACAAAUCUAUGCAUCAACAUUCUGCUUUCAUAUCGUAAAUUUUGCGCAACAGUAUCAUCAUCUGGACAGCUUAUUCUCCCUGAGGCUCUUAAGCUUCUUCCUCUAUACACCCUUGCAUUAAUCAAGAGUACAGGGUUGCGAAAUGAUGGCAGAAUAGAUGACCGUUCCUUCUGGUUCAAUUAUGUUUCCUCCCUUUCUACUCCUUUGGCAGUCCCGCUGGUUUAUCCCAGAAUGUUUGCCAUCCACAGUCUCAAUUCGAAGGAAGGAGAUGAGUCUGUUCUUCCUUCUAUAAUCCCACUUUCUAGUGAACAUAUCAGCGAUGAUGGAAUUUAUCUUCUUGAGAAUGGUGAGGAUGCUUUAAUAUACUUUGGGAGCUCCGUGGAUUCAAGUAUUUUGCAACAACUUUUUGGCUUUACCUCAGUUGAUGAAGUCCCCACUCAGUUUGUGAUGCAGCAAUAUGACAAUCCAUUAUCCAAGAAGUUCAAUGAUGUAGUAAAUGCGAUUCGGCAGCAAAGAUGUUCCUACCUUCGCUUGAAAUUGUGCAGGAAGGGGGAUCCAUCAGGAAUGCUGUUUUUCUCAUGCAUGGUAGAAGACAAGAAUGCAAUUGGCCCCUCUUAUGUUGAGUUUCUUGUACAUAUUCAUCGGCAAAUUCAAAUGAAAAUGUCAUGACAGUUUCAAGCUGCCUCAGUUCAGCUCACAGGUAUGAGAUUUUUAUUUGGGAUUGCAUGGAGCACAAAGAAAAGGGUUUCAAGUCAGAUGACAAGAAUCUGAGUGGCCUCCUACUCUGAGUUUCUUGUACAUAUCGAGCGGCAAUUCUGAGUGAAAGUUUUAUGAGUGUUUUACGCUUCUUCAGUUUGUUUCACAAGUUGUAAUCAUCCAACUUUUGUGAUGCACUUGGAAGAUUAAAGCAGCAUAUAAACAUCUUAUUUCCAUAAUUUUAGGAGCCCGAUCAAUUAUUUAUUUCUAGAAACGCAAAGUUUUGCUGAAGGGAGGUUUGUAGUCGUAGUGAACUUGAUAAUACAGGGGUCAGUUGAAGUAAUAAUAAAUAUCUAUUUGGAUUUUUGCUUCU